AUGGACGCGUCCACCCCGGACUCAGGCUGCUCGCUGCCUCCCGAGAAGGUCUUCUCCAUCCAGAUUGGCUCCAGUCUGUUCCGCCUGUCUGGCGCCUCCAUCGCCUCCGACGGUCUGUCUCCCCCUCUCCCGGAACAGCAGCAGCAGAGAGCUGUCGCGCUGACGUCUUCGCGCAUUCUAGCUCCCUCCUACUUCUCCCACUUUUUCGAAGAACAAUUGCGCAUCAAUGAUGCCGCCAACUGCCGUACCCUCUAUAUCGACCGCGACCCGGCCACCUUCCAAGAGAUCGCCCGACAUCUGCAAGGAUAUCAUGUCCGCCCUCGCGAUGGACACCAAUACGUGAAGCUCUUCGCCGAUGCCCAGUUCUAUACCUGUUGGUCUCCUCUUGCUCCCUCCCCCGAAGACGUCAUGCGCGUGCUCACGGCUAACACGCGGAUCCUGCCAGUGCCCCGGUUGAUGUCCCAGUUGUUCGAGUCCGAAAUCUUCAUCCAAAUUGGCGACCGUCACUUCCAGAUUCCACGCGAUAUAUUCUCCGGCGCGGGCAACUCUCCUAACUUCUUCACCCUGGGGUAUGGCGCCUUCUUCGCCUCGCCCACCGAGGUCUUCCCAGGUCUCGAUCGCGCCGGUCUCCUACGGCCACCGGCGAUCACACCCCCAAGUAUCCCCAACAAGUCCGCUGAUGUGUUUGCCGAUCUCCUUCAUAUCUUGUACGGGUAUCCGCUACACAUCCGAAACGAAGACCAUCGCGCGGAGCUGCUACGCGAUUGUCGCUGGUUUAAUCUGCGCGGUGUUGAGCAACAACUGAUUCCUCACAAGAUCUCCAAAAAUCCGUUCAAUGGACGCUCUGAGAUAACUAUUCAGUUAGAGAACCUGAAGCCGUCCGGACUCCAAUUCUUCCCCGAUGCGGGUACGUCGGGGACGCACGGUUCGAUCGGUUAUGCUCGUCCUUUUGCAGACGAAUUAGCAGCGGACUUGCUUCUCCAAACUGGGGACGAGACCACCAUCAUCAAUCGCAAGAUGCUUCAUGUGGACUUUCUGCGUGACACCAAAGCUCGUAUGAACAGCCUUCUGCAGACGAUCAGCAAGAAAAUGAACCUGCAAGAACCGUAUCUGGGUGGGACGCCGAUCAAGAUCAAAUUUACCGGUGACUUGGAUCUCACCAUCGACGGACAGAAUGAUCCUAUGCUCGCGCGUCUCUUUGAGGGAAUUACUAACGAUAAAAGCAAUGAUGACCCGCCGGCAAAGCGCCCACGCACUACGGGAGCCGGCGACGGCCCAUGGCUUGUUCGUCUGGGCAUUUGGCGAAUGCGGGUGCAGCCAAAUGACAAAGGCGGAUAUGAAUCUGUUUUGGUACCCGUGAAAUUAGACGUCUAUGCGAGUCCACGGGCUCUCAAUCGAAGUCGGGAAUUCCUCUAA